AUUAAAAAAAUCCACGUGAGAAGAAUGGCGUCAGAAUCUCCACGCAGACCGAGUCGCUGUGCUGGAGGAGUUUUAGUGCGAGCGCAAGCUGCAACGGAGCAGUCGUACAUGGAAAGUGUUGUCACCUUCCUGCAGGAUGUGGUCCCACAG